AUGUUGCGGACUAUGUACAGUUUUGCGUUUCUGUUGGCGCUGACUAUACAAGUGAACUCAAAACCACAGCCUCAGAACUGGCGAUCCUACGUGUUAUCACAAUCUGCGACAGCGAAACCAGAGAUUUCGCCCACGUCUCCGUGUUUUACAAUCACACCCACCGAAAUAGCACCUAAAGUACCAGAACCAUGUGCCACAUCUGCACCAAGACAAGAAAUUUCUACCGCACCUCCAUGUCCUACACCCGCGCCUACCGAAAUAGUACCGAAAGUACCAGAACCGUGUGCCACAUCUGCACCAAGACAGGAAAUUUCUACAGCACCUCCGUGUCCUACACCCGCGCCCACUGAAAUAGCACCUAAAGUACCAGAACCAACCGACCCACCAACAAGAAAUUUCACCGCAUCUCCGUGUCCUACACCCGCGCCUACUGAAAUAGCACCUAAAGUACCAGAACCGUGUGCCACAUCUGCACCAAGGCAAGAAAUUUCUACCGCAUCUCCGUGUCCUACACCCGCGCCUACUGAGAUAGCACCUAAAGUACCAGAACCAUGUGCCACAUCUGCACCAAGACAAGAAAUUUCUACCGCAUCUCCGUGUCCUACACCCGCGCCUACUGAAAUAGCACCUAAAGUACCAGAACCGUGUGCCACAUCUGCACCAAGACAAGAAAUUUCUACAGCACCUCCGUGUCCUACACCCGCGCCCACUGAAAUAGCACCUAAAGUACCAGAACCGUGUGCCUCAUCUGCACCAAAACAAGAAAUUUCCACCGCAUCUCCGUGUCCUACACCCGCGCCUACUGAAAUAGCACCUAAAGUACCAGAACCGUGUGCCACAUCUGCACCAAGACAAGAAAUUUCCACCGCAUCUCCGUCUUCUACACCCGCGCCUACUGAAAUAGCACCUAAAGUACCAGUCCGUCACUCACCAAGACAAGAACUACCGCAUCUCCUUCCUACACCCGCGCCUACUAAAUAG